CAGCAUUUUAAAACCACCCCCUCCCUUCAUCUUGCCUAAAUACUCUCCCCAGGGCCACACCAAGAAGAUGAAUUUCUUCAAAGUAGGGAAGUACUUUACUCUGGUGGAUAUGCCAGGAUACGGCUACCGUGCCCCGCAGGACUUUGUGGAGAUGGUGGAGGCCUAUCUGCAGGAACGGCACAGCUUGAAGAGGACUUUUCUGUUAGUUGACGGUGUAGUAGGACUCCAGAAAACAGAUCAUAUUGCAGUAGAGAUGCUGGAAGAGUUUGGGAUUCCUUACGUGAUGGUGUUAACGAAAAUUGACCGAGCUUCCAGGGGACUGUUGUUAAAGAACGUACUGGGGAUCCAGGAGUUUGUAAAGGAGAACACUCAGGGAUGCUUUCCUCAGCUAUUCCUGGUCAGUUCUCUCGAGUUUUCGGGGGUUCACUUGCUAAGGUGUUUUGUAGCCCACGUUACUGGAAACCUGCCUGCUGUAGAGGCAGCCGAAAACACUGGCUCCUGA